CUUGUUCUUUCUGUCGUUGCAUCUGGAGGUGAGUGGUUGCUGCUCCAUAGUUAUUUCAAAUAUAAUCUCUAAAUUUAACUGUGUAACAUCAAGCAUCGUAUUUUAACCAGUCUGAUAAAUAAAAAGAAAUCAUGGGUAAAGAAAAGAUUCAUAUUAACAUCGUUGUCAUUGGACACGUAGAUUCUGGUAAAUCAACGACCACUGGUCAUUUGAUCUACAAAUGUGGUGGUAUUGAUAAACGUACCAUUGAAAAAUUCGAAAAGGAAGCCCAAGAAAUGGGAAAAGGUUCCUUCAAGUAUGCAUGGGUACUUGACAAAUUGAAGGCUGAACGUGAACGUGGUAUCACCAUCGAUAUUGCCUUAUGGAAAUUCGAAACAUCAAAAUACUACGUCACCAUCAUCGAUGCUCCAGGACACAGAGAUUUCAUCAAAAACAUGAUUACUGGUACAUCACAAGCUGAUUGUGCUGUUCUUAUUGUUGCUGCUGGUACUGGUGAAUUUGAAGCUGGUAUCUCCAAAAAUGGACAAACACGUGAACAUGCACUUCUUGCAUUUACACUUGGUGUUAAACAACUUAUUGUUGGUGUCAACAAAAUGGACUCAACUGAACCACCAUACUCCGAAAAUCGUUUCGAAGAAAUUAAAAAAGAAGUAUCAUCAUACAUCAAAAAAAUUGGUUACAAUCCAGCAGCUGUUGCAUUCGUUCCAAUUUCUGGAUGGCACGGAGAUAACAUGCUCGAGGUAUCAACCAAGAUGCCAUGGUUCAAAGGAUGGUCUGUUGAACGUAAAGAAGGCAAAGCUGAUGGUAAAUGUCUUAUUGAAGCUCUUGAUGCUAUCCUCCCACCAUCAAGACCAACUGACAAAGCUCUUCGUCUUCCACUUCAGGAUGUCUACAAAAUUGGUGGUAUUGGAACAGUUCCAGUCGGUCGUGUUGAAACUGGUGUUUUGAAACCAGGUAUGGUUGUUACAUUCGCACCAUCAACAGUCCAAACUGAAGUUAAAUCAGUUGAGAUGCAUCACGAAGCACUCACUGAAGCCGUUCCAGGUGACAAUGUUGGUUUCAACGUUAAGAACGUAUCAGUCAAAGACUUACGUCGUGGUUAUGUUGCUGGUGACACCAAACUUAACCCACCAAAAGGAGCUGCUGAUUUCACUGCUCAGGUUAUUGUCUUGAACCACCCUGGACAAAUCAGCAAUGGAUACACUCCAGUUUUGGAUUGUCACACAGCUCACAUUGCUUGCAAAUUCGCUGAAAUCAAGGAAAAAUGUGACCGUCGUACCGGAAAAACCACCGAAGAAAGUCCAAAAGCCAUUAAAUCUGGUGAUGCUGCUAUUGUUAACUUGGUACCAAGCAAACCAAUGUGUGUUGAAGCUUUCCAAGAAUUCCCACCUUUGGGACGUUUUGCUGUACGUGAUAUGCGUCAAACAGUUGCUGUUGGUGUUAUCAAAUCAGUCAACUUUAAAGAUGCUUCUGGCAAACCAACCAAGGCUGCUGAAAAAGCUAAAGCCAAGAAAUAACAUGUUGAUUUUAUCAAUUUAUCAACAAACAGUAGCACAAGUUAUUUAUCAUCAAUUGAUUAUCUCAUCAACAACAGUUUUACAAAUUACAUAUUUUCAUAAUUUUAAAUUAAUGCAGUUUUUUAGAUCAAAACGUUUACUACACUUUUUUCAUCGCAAAGAAUUUCGUAGGAAAAAUAUGAAAAUUUUUUUUUUGUUUUAAAACAAUAGUAAUAACUUUUUUUUGUAUAAAAAAAAAUAAUUUAAUAAAUACUUGAAAGCUACAAUAA